AUGCCGAAGAUUAAGACUAACAGAGUAAAGUACCCUGAAGGUUGGGAGUUGAUAGAGCCUACUCUUCGUGAGCUUGACGCCAAGAUGAGAGAAGCUGAGAUGGAUGAACAUGAUGGCAAGAGAAAGUGUGAAGCUUUAUGGCCAAUCUUCAAACUCUCUCAUCAGAGGAGUCGCUAUGUCUAUGACCUUUAUUACCGCAGGGACGAGAUCUCUAAAGACCUCUAUGAGUUCUGCUUGGACCAAGGAUAUGCUGAUCGCAGCCUCAUUGCCAAGUGGAAAAAGGAUAUGAGCGUUUAUGCUGCUUGCGAUGCAUACAACCAAGAGACCACAACUAUGGAACAACAUGUGUAUGCCGUGUUCCCAAACACUUGCGUGAAGAGAAAGUGGUUGAAUGCGUUCACUGCGGUUGUCAAGGAUGUGCCAGUGGCGAUUAAUCCCACACAUGUUUUCGUCACAAUUCCUCACUGUUGCUGUAUUCUAUAUCUUGUCAAAUCUGAAUCAUGUACCCUAAAAACCCCUCAAGAAUCUCCCUUUCAAAACCUCUACUUAUGGUCAUGCAUUCUUUUCCGGUUUCAUCUCUCGGAUAGAGUUUCAGUUUCAUUUCAAGUGGAUGAGAUCGGUCGAGUGGUCUCAGUUGGAGAUGGGAUUGCACAAGUUUAUGGAUUGAACGAGAUUCAAGCUGGGGAAAUGGUUCUUUUUGCCAACAGUGUGAAAGGAAUGGCCUUGAAUCUUGAGAAUGAGAAUGUCGGGAUUGUUGUCUUUGGUGGUGAUACCUUCUUGAUGUUCUUAAUAGGCAUUAUGAGAAUAGGUUGCUGGCGUAGCUUCUGUUCCUAUGGUUAA